AGUGAGUGCACGGAUAAAAUCUUCUGACAUGACUAACAACGUACUGGUUGUGAUUGUCGUUACGAGUAUGGUGUUGUUUUCAAACACGAAAUAUAAAACUUACGCUGCUAUUAUUAAAGAUGGUGAAAAGGAUCAUGCCGGUCGUAGUGAUGAUGAAAACCGAGAUAGUGACGGCCACAAUGACAGUGAUGAUAAUUAUAAUCAUGAUAAAAAAUAUGACUUCAACUUAACUUACAAUAGCAUUCCUCACACGAGCGGAUCAACUAGGCAAGAGCUCACGGCGGAACAAAUUAAAGCCAGAUCACAAUUUCAUCCUCGUGAUCCUCGUUACAAGAGGCCAGAGUGCUGGUUUGACCUUCACUUGUGCACUCCGUCAUAUUGUUCAGGAGUAGCAGCUCCUCAACACUGUCAAGAUAAAGAAGUAUUGAUACACAAUGCCUGUCGCCCCAAGGACGAAAAUCCUUGACUUGUCAAAACUGUUUUAAUGCAUUCGUACAACUAAUACUUUGCGUAUGAAUUGUGUUCCUGCUUUUAUCGCAUAUUUUUACAGAUUUUUGUACAGCUUGGCAUUGUAAAAUAAAUUAUAAUCUAAAUGCACGCAUUCGUUUUUUGUAACGAAUAUUUUUCAUAAAUAAACUCUGAAACGUGCAAGAAGAUUUUGUAAACAUUCUAAUUAAAAUGCAUGGGAAAAAAACAUCAUGUAAGAGUAUGAGAUAGAAUUGAGCAUUGUAC